CAGCGAAGAAAAAAGUAAUAACGAAAGAGCGGCGAUUCGCGCUACUCUCGUUAGUCCAGCGUUUUCGUCGAGUGCGGGCGAGUCUCCAAAUCAUCAUCAUCAUCAGUCACGCGGGCCGCUGCCGCGUGUCGCGAUGAUAUAAAGAGGGUUGUCGUAGGGCAUAACAUAGGCUCAUGAAUAUCAUUCUAGUCAAACUAGUGCUAGAAAACAGGACGUCCACACUCUGACAGCUUCUCGACAUCAACGCCAACGCCGCGAGUCUGAUAGUGCAUUAAUCAGAUGAAUUGAUAAGAGUAAAACACCGCACGAGUCCCCCUUUGCCUACUCAAAUGAAUAAUUUUUAUUCGACACGAUUCGCGAACAUCCUGUACGUGUGGUGAGUCGCCGUCAACAGCCCUCGACGACUUUCGCAAUUCUGGGCUUGCUUUAUGCGCGAUUAACAAGUGAUGCUCAAAUAAACCGUCAAACGUAUACAAGGACUAUUAGCAGUGCUCUCUAUUCAUCGGCAUGAGCGAGUCGCAGUUACUGAUUCUUCUCUCCGGCCGCUAAUUGACCGACAUCCGCGAUAAAUUACCGUAAAUAAAGUGCGCGCGGUGUUUAAUCAUCGAUUAAAAUAAUCUAUGAAGUGAAAAACGGCACAGAUGUGUUCGUCAUAAUUAAAUUCCGCUUAUAUAAUUUAAUCCCGUGGAAUAUUCGUUGAUUCGGCGGACACGACGCACACAAUGAUAUUCGAUUUUAGCGGCGCCCUUGGGGCGAAGCGAAGGGACAUUUUGAUCGUGCUGUGCUUGCAGAUCAUCCUCGUGGUGCUCUUUAUUCUCUUCGCCAGCUAUGAUUCGAAAUAUGAAAAGGAAAUUUAUCCGAUGUUUCAGGAUGUUCAUGUGAUGAUUUACAUCGGUUUCGGUUUCCUGAUGACGUUUCUGAAGAGAUAUGGAUUCAGCGCGGUUGGAUUUAAUUUUUUGCUUGCGUCGUUAAUCGUGCAAUGGGCGCUUAUAUGCGAGGGAUUUUACGAUAUGGAAGAUAAUAAAAUUAAAAUCAGCAUUGUCAGCCUCCUGCGCGCUGACGUGGCGGCGGCCACCGUGUUGAUAACGAUGGGAGCCCUUCUCGGUCGCACCUCGUACAUCCAACUGCUACUCAUCGGGAUCAUCGAGAUCGCCGUCUUCACAGGCAAUUCCUAUCUAGGCAGUCACAUUUUUAAGGUAACAGAUGCUGGCGAUUCAAUAUUUGUCCACGCGUUCGGGGCUUAUUUCGGCUUGGCCGUAAGUUACGUCCUGGCCAGGCGCACGAAAGAGUGGACCGAGGCAAAUCCCAUGGAGGGAUCCAGCUAUACGUCGGAUUUAUUCGCAAUGAUCGGUACGGUGUUUCUCUGGAUGUUCUGGCCGAGUUUUAAUUCAGCUGAACAAACCGGUGAUGAUCAACAGCGCGCCGUCAUCAACACCUAUCUCUCGCUGUGCGCCUGCUGCGUUACUUCGUACGCCAUGUCGGCGAUGCUCACCAGUGAGCACAAGUUCGACAUGGUGCACAUCCAGAAUUCGACGCUCGCCGGCGGCGUAGCCAUCGGCACGGCCGCCAACUUGAUGGUCCAGCCGUGGGGAGCAAUGCUCAUCGGUUGUAUCGCCGGUAUUAUUUCGGUCUGCGGUUACAGCAUGCUCACGCCGUGGAUCGAUAGCAAAUUAAAAAUACACGACACGUGCGGCGUGCAUAACUUGCACGGCAUGCCAGCGGUAUUAGCCGCGUUGGUCGGGGCACUAAUGGCGGGACUCGCCUCCGAGGACCAGUACAAGAUGAGUCUGUAUCAGAUAUUUCCGGCGAUGGCGGCCGUCGACGCUAAGGCCACCGCAGAGUAUCCGUUUCUCCAGCCGGGCGAUGGCCGCACCAAUCUCACUCAGGCAGGCUUUCAACUGGCGGCCAUUGCGGCCACCAUUGCCAUCGCCAUUGUUUCCGGUGCCAUUACUGGUUAUGUAGUGAGCGUGGAUGCGCUCGACUUUGCAUACGGAAGUUGGUAUAACGAUGACAGUUAUUGGCUCACUGAUGGCGCCGGCGACGCAAACAAUUCGCAAGCGAUCGGAAAGCUUCUCGAGCAAGUGCGUUACAACACGUUUGACUCGGAUCACGCGCCAGUCAUAAGCGUCGGACGCAUUUAUGAUCGACGUGCGAGCAUUACGAUGCAAGGCGCUACGUGCAUUCCGGGCUCAUUGUUUCCUCACUCGGAGUUUCGCCCAAGAGUGGGUACGCAGAUGACCAGUUUUGGCUAAUCCACGAACCACAUUCGGAGCACUCUUCACACGAGGGGACACUUAAGUUGGAGACUGUAAGCGAGACCAUUGACAAGAGUUCGCCGAUCGGUAAGCGAUUAGCUCAAGGACGUGAAACUGAUGAGGAUUUCUAUUGAUACGAAGUUAUUUCGCAAUAAAAGUUAUGUAGCAUACUUUUUAGAUGAACAAGUACAAAUAGUAAAUCAUACAAUAAAUAUUUUAAGAGUA